CCGCCUACAUAUACAUGUGCUCGGUGAAUAUUGUACUUCCCAGGUACACCAAUAAUUGUUUUAUUGAAUGGUUGUAUAAUCUAAGACAUCGGAGCUUCUGAAAAGAUACCUGGUCGGCCGUCUUUGUUUACAAUUAGUGUGCAAAACCUAGUCGAAAGUGAUUAAAGACUGAGUUUUCAUUUGACGACCAAAAUAUCGAAUCAAUUUGCAAAUUCCUAAUUCUUUUUUGGUCUGAUGUUGAAUAAAAUUAAGUAUUAUAAUCACUUUGAAAGCACGUAGAAGUGAAUAUAACGUUCUUUAUGGUUAUUUGAAUCUCUGUGAGCAGAAAGCUUAGAAUUAUUCAAUUGUAGGAUAAUGUAUAUUAUUAUAAACUCCUUUCUGACAGUCACCCUGAUAGUAGAUACGUAGUUAUAGAGACUGUUAAGAAAAUUAAUUACUGACAUCAUAGGGUCACGUCGGGUAUUGGUAGUUCUGAUCAUCAUACGGGUCACGCCGGAUAUUGGUAGUUCUGGUCAUCAUAUGGGUCACGUCGGGUAUUGGUAGUUCUGAUCAUCAUAUGGGUCACACCGGGUAUUGGUAGUUCUUGACGUAAACAAUUUUUGUAACGUGUACUUAAAGUGGAAUAAAUUUUCUUCCAACUUUAUUUUAGAAAAUAGCAAUGUCAUUGUGAUAAAUGAUUAUAUGCUUUAAAAAAGAAAAGAAAAAAGUGUCUACGACGUUGUAAGCAUGUUUCGGGGUUGUUGGUAAUGUAAUUAGUCGGAGUAAAUAGCUCAUUGUAGAGCUGAGUCUCUUGUUCAAGAUCUCAAUAUCUUCCCUUUAUAAAAAUCAAGGAUACAUAUUUUCCUUUCGAAACCAAACUAAUAUUUUCAUAGUCUGUUUUAGUCUUCAUGCUGUAUUCAGUCCACUUUAGCAGAGAUGACUGCUUAUCUCGUCGUUAUGCUGUCCAUCAUUUCGGUGACGUCAGCUCAGCAAUAUCCGUUUCAUGUUGAUAUUCUUGUGGAUGCUGAAGAUGAUGAACAUAUCAACCAUUUAACAAAUGAAUUCUUUAACUCUGACCGAAUAUCGUCAUGGGCUGUGGAAGGUGUCAGUCCUGUAACCUUUGCUGUACAUACAAAAAAUGAAACUCCGGGUAUACACAGUUUCACUGAGAAAAACAGCACCUCCUCUGCAUAUAUUGAUAUGAGAAGGAAACCCUCCGAUUUGCUAUGCGUAUUAGCCAGGAGUAUCGGUGUGGCGUACGUACGGACCCGUCCAGCGAUAUCCAAUGCCUGUCAGUCCACUAUACAAAUUAGACCAUCAGUGACCGAUUACAUGGACAUCGCCCAUCAAAUCUUUAAGUACAAUGACAGUGAUUUCGAAUCGGUCAUCUAUAUUACGGAUCAGAUGUACGAUUUUGACCUCAGCAUUUUUCAAAAGAGAUACAAUGCAUCUUUAAAGAUCAUGAUGUUUACCAUGAAUAAUAGCAGUGUAACCUCUCACGUCAAGUGGCUUGUCACUGAUGGCAACACGGAAUUUUUCAUCAUGUUUGCCUCUGGUCAUGCCAUUAGGGACAUGCUUCAAACUAUUUCGAAGCUGACAAACCAUAAAGUAACAAGGAAAGAUAACUGGAUAAUGAUGCCAUCUGACGAAGCUGAUUGUCCUGAAAUUCCUAAUCUAGAUCUCUCCGUAGUGUGUGUUCGACAUGAUUUUGCUAAAGACCCGGAUAUUGAUACAAACUUUAAAUAUUUAAACGAUAUUUUCCUUUUGAGAAGUCUGCGUUUAUUUGAGAAUGCUGUUAAGUCUUUCUUUCCAUCUUCCGCUCCCACUGAGUUGUAUCCACUGAGGCAGCUGGCAUGGCACGUAUAUCAUUCAACGAUGAAAAUAAAGUUGGACGUUGACGUAAUGAGAAUCGAAAAAAUUAAAAGGAAAUCAAAAGUCCACCGCCAAGUGAUAGGAAACUGGACACAUGCGACAGACGUAGCUUUAACAACCCAACCUUUCAUUUACACCUCAGCAUCUCAACUGACUGCCGUCACUAACCAUGAGCCGCCAUUUGUAGAAAAGAUUGUAAAUGAGAGUGGAACUUUUUUCCAUGGCUACACCAUUGACGUCCUGAACAAGAUUGCGGAGGAAGUCGGAUUCACGUACGUGAUCCGUGAGGCUUAUGACAAACAGUAUGGUCUGGCCCUACCUGAUGGUUCUUGGACAGGGAUUGUGGGGGAGGUCCAAAGAGGGGAAGCAGAUCUUGGGGUAGGCCCUAUCUCUGUCACAGCAGAGAGAGAACAAGUCAUUGAUUUCACCAAUCCUUACUAUGACUACGCCGGUCUUCAGAUACUAAUGAGUGGCACCAUUGCCUCUAGUUCUAUGUUUGGUUUCGUUGACGUCUUUGAUGGGCCUGUGUGGCUUGCCUGGUUUGGUUUUCUCGGUUUGACAGGAAUCCUGCUGUACGUUUUCCACAUUUUGAUCUAUCGUGUUUUCUCCAAAGAGAAGGAAAGGGAUAAAGACAAAGUAUUCACUAUCAGUGAUACACUUUGGUUUCUUAUUUCAUCCAUCACCAUAUACGGACCAGACAAAACCCCAGGAACAUUUGCAGGGCGUGUUCUAGUCAUUGGGUUUUGGUUCUUUUGUCAAAUCAUGAUGGCGACAUACACAGCAAAUCUGGCCGCAUUCAUGACAUCCAAAAGAUUGACAACUGAAAUCCACUCCCUGAAUGAACUAGCAUCCCAAAAUGUUAUCAAAUACUCGGCUGUCGCUGGGACUGUCAGUGAAGCUUACUUCACCCGGAUGAAACGCAUUGAAGACAACUUCUUCGAAAUGUGGAAAAACAUGAGCUACUCAGAGAGCCAAAGUAGAGAUGACCUCACGGUCUGGGACUAUCCGUUAGAUGACCUUUAUUCAAGAAUACUUUCUCAUAUCAAUGAAACCAGAUUUCUGAAAACAUCUAAAGAGGGUGUAGACCGUGUCCUUGCUGGGGGAUUUGCGUUCAUUCACGAAACUCCGAUGAUUAAGUACGAGAUGACAAAGUACUGCAAUUUAAUCUCUGUGGGAGACGUUUUCAGCGCCAAACCGUAUGCCUUUGUUCUGCAGGAAAAUUCUCCUCUAAAGGAAGCAUUUAAUGCAAAAAUACUAGAACUUCAAGCCGAUGCAUACUUUGAACAAAGGAAAGAAGUGUGGUGGUCCCAGUCUGUAUUGUGUCCCAAGGAGGAUGAUUCCACAACUGGUCUCCCCUUCAGAAAUCUCAGCGGUGUUUUCAUUCUUACCGGGGCGGGGUUUGCCACGGGGUUUCUAAUACUGGGAAUUGAAUGUAUUGUCUUCAGAUGGAAGAAAAGAAAGGAACCAAAAGAGGCACCAAAGGAGGCGUUUGACCCACCUAUGAAUGAAUCUCCUUUCUUAACCCGAUUAACUUCCCUGAAGUCUUUUUUCAUAAAAAGCAAGAAUACAUCUUCUAAAAUAGAUCUUACCAUGUCGGAAGUUGAUUAGGGAGGGGAAUGGAUAUUACCAUGGCUGAAGAAGAUUAAACAGGAUAUUUUAGACGUCGAUUAUAGAAAAUGUUGUUGUCUUGUUACAAAUUCGAGUUUUUGCUGCAUCAUUUUGAAACCCAAUUAUUUAAGUUUAAACGGACCCAAACUGAAGGUUCUGAUGAU